ACAGCAAUUCCAACACGCAACAUCAUGAGACAAUUUGUGGUUCUAUUGGCCCUGGCUGUGGCCACCGUUACGGGCAGCCUGAUCCCCCAGCCGGGAUUCCCGGAGGGUCGCGUCAUUAACGGAGAAGCGGCGAAGGUCGGAGAGGCGCCCUUUAUUGUCUCACUGCAAACACCGCAGGGAUCGCAUUUCUGCGGUGGAUCCUUAAUCGCCGAGGAUCGUGUCCUCACCGCCGGACACUGCAUGACUUCCUCACACUUCUUGGUUGUGGGCGGAGUCAAUGAUCGGACCGACCAGUCGAAUGCCCAAGUGAGAGUGGUGUCGAACUCCAGCCAAUACGUGGUCCAUAAACAAUACAGCGGUAGCGUGGGUCCCUACGACAUCGCCAUGAUCCACCUGGAUGAGCCCUUCAAUCUGAACGCUGUGGCCCGCGACGGCAGCUAUCCGAUGGCUGCCAUCGAUCUGCCCAGCAAAAACUACCAGGGAACCGGCGACGGCACCCUCUACGGCUGGGGACGCGACUACUGGGGGGCUGUGCCACUUGUUCUGCAGAAGCUGGACACCGACAUUGUCGACUCGAAGACUUGCGCUGAUGAACUGCCCUCCAACAGCAAACUCCACGAGACGAAUGUCUGCAGUCAUAUCAAAGGAAAACCGGACGGAGCCUGCAACGGAGACAGUGGCGGUCCAAUGGUCCAGGGUAACACGCUGGUGGGCAUCGUAUCCUGGGGAUACACUCCCUGUGCUACCACCACGUAUCCCUCUGUCUAUACCGAUGUCGGCUGCUAUAUUGAUUGGAUUGCCGAGCAGUCGGCGAAAUUCCGCUCCUAAGCUUAUAAACUCUCAAUAAAUAAACGAACAUUUUUUACUAUAUAA